AUCGUAUCGUCUCGUGGCUGGGGCUGAUGAGGGGUGGUGCACUGGGAAACACACCCCGGGAUGUCGCCAAGUCACUCUAUUACUCUAUACGCUUACAAGUUACUCCUACCUAGUACUCGCUCUGACAAUUUAUAUCCAGUUUUCUAUUCCGCUUGUUCCUCUCAUUCUUCACGCGAAACAGUAUCGCCGAGCAGCCUUGAAGAUGAAGUUCGCAGCAACAGAAGACUUCUACCUCUUUGGCUACGGAUCUCUGAUAUGGAAGCCACCGCCGGACUACGACUACAAGAUGCCCGGCUACAUCAAAGACUACGUUCGACGAUUCUGGCAGGUACUUGAGGACCACAGAGGAACUCCGGAAGCACCUGGGCGUGUGGUGACACUCGUUGAGCGGAGCGUCUGGGAGACGCUUGGUGACCAUCACGGCGCCGACGAGGAGGUUUGGGGAAUGGCGUACCGCAUUCCGAAGGAUAAGGUCGAGAGCGUCAAGGAAUACCUCGAUAUCAGAGAGAUCAAUGGUUACUCGAUUCACUACGUGGACGUCUACCACACCGAUGAACACCUCCCUCCGAUCAAGGCGCUCGUAUACAUCGGCACCCCAGAGAACCCCCAGUUCGCGGCCCGCAACGGCGUACCAGGCGAGAGUGAGCUUGCCAAGCACAUCUUCGACUCAUGUGGCCCCUCCGGCGAGAACAAAGAAUAUCUCUACCAGCUGAACCACUCGCUCGAGGAGCUUUGUCCAGAGUCGAAGGACAACCACGUGCGGAGCCUUUUCCGGCAGGUAUGUCUCCUGGAGGCGGAAGCUAGACUCAAUGGUGUCGACCAUUCGGAGGAUGAACAGCCGGUGGUGCCUAGCCAUCAUCCGGCCACGGUCAUGGAAGAGACGGAAUUAGUACAAGUGGGUGGGGAAAUGGACAUAGACACCGAGAUGAUGCACUAGAAUCAACAUCAUGUAAUUAGAAAG